UAAACGAGGUCUCCCGACUAGAAGGCGCCCGCGACCCACCUUACAUGGGUUAUGUAGAUAUAGUUUUGGUAAUUUGGAGUACCUAGGACAUUCGUCUUCGACAGCGGCAUACAAUUUGCAAGCAGAAGCUUCAAGGCGUUCAUGGAAUCCCUGGAGGUGACACUCCAGUAUACAGCGCCUUAUUCGCCGCAGGAGAACCCGACGGAAAGAACGAAUCGUGAAGACAAUGAUAGCUCAAUAUAUCGAAGGCCAUCAAAGCUCGUGGGACGAGCUGCUGCCGGAGAUAACGCUAGCGGUCAACUCGAGCGUGGCUGACUCCACGGGUUUCACUCAUGCAUUCUUGAUGUUAGGACGGGACAACCGCCUACCCGCCGCAUUGUACGACGAAGUCACUCCCGGUUCGGCGACGAAGGAGAUCCAGCCCGAGGCUAAAGAAGACAGAAUGAGAGAAGCUUUCGACAUCGUGCGCAGCAACCUGCAUCGGGCGUCGGGGGAUCAAGGUAGGCACUACAACUUGAGACAGCGCGACUGGAGGCCAGCGCUGGGCUCGGAGGUCCUUUUGCGACAGCAUCAGCUGUCGAAUGCGGCGGAAGGAUUCGCAGCGCAAAGUCGUCAAAUUCAUCUCUCCCAAUGUGGUGUGCCUGAAAAGGGAAGGCGAACGCAAGAGGAGGGUGGCCAACAUAGCGCAGCUGAAACCAUUUCACCGAGUAGGAGUGGAGGAGAUCGAAGUGAUCUCGGACGAAGAAGCAGUGGCUGA